UUCACUCUCCAAUUUGUCUUCUAAAUCAAAAUGGCGCUUUACAACAGUUUUGCUAUUAGUGAAGAAGAGAUGCCCCUUGCAGGGCUUACAUUGCCUUAUGCUUUGAACGAAGAUGACGAAGCUGUGGUUGCUACUGAAAAGCAAUACGCGAGCCGCAGCAAGCUGCGUUGUGUUGUCACUUCACCUCACUUUCUCUACUCAACUAUAAUCAUCGUCACUCUCAGCCUUUACAUCAUCCAACCCAGUGCCCAAGAGAAUCUCCGGUCUCACAUGCCUCCUCUCCGGAUUGAUGGAAUCAAACCUAUGUGCGGUGCGUCGCAAGCAGAAGCUCGCUCAAUGGGUUGUGUUUUCGACGUAUAUGUGAAUGAAUGGCUCCCAGCGGCAUGCUUCGAUCGCGCAGUUGCGGAGGUAUCUGAGUCCAACUCGAGCGACCUGUAUCCUGCCGCGGCAGGGCGUACUUCGUUUCCCUUAUUUUGGGAUAAGGCGAUGGCUAGGCCGGCAACGUUAGAAGACGUUAUGUUGGCUGCGUUUGAAAACGUUGCAAACGGCUUUAAAAUUAAUUUUUACACCGCAUGGGACUUUCACAGGGCUCACUGCUUGCACCUCUGGAGGCUUACCGUCAGUGCCGUGCAGCGGCUAGAUCGAGGAGAAAAGGACGUUGGCGUAUACUACAAAUCUGCCAGCCCUGAACACGCCUGGCAUUGCAACAAGCUCAUUGUAGAGUGGGAUACCAGAGACCCUGAUAAGAUAUCUACUCUUAAUCCUGGGAUUGGUGACUGCGUUAUACUAAAUAGGUUUUAGCAUGAUAUAGAAAAGUAAGCUGUAUGCUUCAAAAUUUGUAACUAAAUACUAUCACUUACAAAGCAACUGCAAUAAUUGCCCUCAUGUCCCGAGGCUCUCCCAACGAGGGCGGCAGCAGACGAAGCUCCAACGGACUGCAGACCUUGCACCAAAAUGCCCGAGACCAGCACUCAUCCAACCGCAGUACCUCCCAGGCUCACAGGACCUGAUAGUCCUGCAGACUAAGAAAGAGGCAGCCAAAGCCUUCCAGGCCUGGCUAAAGACCGUACCAGACAGCCACAUGGUUGUCUUUUCAGAUGGCUCCAAAGCGACAAACGGAGCCACAGGAUAUGGGUUUGUUAUCUACCGCAGCAACAGGCGCGUGGCCCAGGGCUGCGGCCGACUCGGUCUAGCAGAGGUGUUCGACGCCGAGGCUGAAGGGGCGAGGAUAGGACUCCGGCGGGCCCUCUUAAC